CUCCGUUCAAGUUGUGUACAUCGACUUCUCCAUUUGGUCUUCAGUGUUGGAUGGUGUGGACGGCAUCAAACAGAACAAAAUGAUCUUCGACAUUGUCAUCUUCAAUGCCGGAACCAUGUUUCCGGAAAAGUCCACAACUACUGACGGGAUUGAAACAUGUCUGCAGGUGAAUGUUCUCGGACACAUGUAUCUAGCCGACGCAUUACUGAAGAACCGUCCUCCCAUGCAUAACAUCCACUUCGUAUGUGUCUCUUCAACGCUAUUCAAGCUCUGCGGAACUUCGUGGCCACGCUGGAAAUUGCCGAAGAACGCCUCCGCUUGGGCGGCUUUCUUCGCACCGAAAUCAAAGUCGGGUUGGCGAGCAUAUGCCCUCAGCAAAUUUGCUAUCACCCUUUUGGCGUCCCAGCUAAAUCGUGUCGAAGGAGUCACCGCAGUCGCUGUGAAUCCUGGAAAUGCUGUAACAAAUGUCUCAAAGAAUCUGCCGCAA